AUGCAAGUUGAAGUAAUUUCGAGAAUACCGGGUCCCGAGUCACUUUCUGCUAGCGGCGCCGUGGGGCUGCGGACCCUUAGGGAGUCCCGUGUGGGACAGACGCCCGGGAAGCCCGUGUGGCCCCGCCUCACCUGGCACCGACUCGCUCGCGCGCGCAUGAUUAUCCUGGUCCAGAUCGGAAGGGGUCAGCGGAUUAGCCUUCUGUCCCUGUCCACGAUGCACGUCGCUCUUUUCACCGUGGCCCUCUUGACGUCUUCGGCGCUGUGCCAGGACGCCGUGCACCAGUGGCAGGCUCCGGCCAGCGAUGAUCGCCGAUCCCCCUGCCCCCUCCUCAACAGUCUUGCCAAUCAUGGCUACCUCCCUCACAACGGCAAGGACAUCUCGGUCGACGCGCUGAUCGAUGGCAUGCACGCCGCGCUCAAUCUCCGCGACGAUGCGAAGCUCUUCUUCCGCCUGCAGGGCAAAAAGGCCGUCAGCGCCUCGUCCACUGGCAACAAGGACACCUUCCACCUCAAUGAUCUGAACAAGCACGAUCUCAUCGAGCAUGACGCGUCGCUCAGCCGCGCCGACAUCUUCUUCGGCGACAACUGGUCCUUCAACCAGACCAUCUUCGACGAGACCAAGUCGCAUUGGCCCUCGGAAACCAUCUCCAUCAAGGACGCCGCCAGGGCCCUCGCGGCCCGGCAAAAGAGCGCCCAGGCCGUUAACCCCAAAUUCAACCUGCCGCUCGACGGACACACCAACUCGCUUGGUCAGACCGCCAUGUACCUGGGUCUGUUCGGCAACUACGACAAAGGAAACGCCAACAGGACUUUGGUCGAGUACUUUUUCGAGAAUGAGAGACUCCCCUACGAGCUUGGCUGGAAGCGACGCUCCGACGACGACAAGAUCCCGGCCACGGGCAUCUUGGCCCUGACGGUUCAGGUUGCAGUAGAAUAUUUGGCAGUUAAGACUGGCCUGUAA